GGUGUAGAGCACAGUCUCGGCCACCACUCAGCUGCAGACAUGAGUGACCAAAGAGUAACUUAUGCAGAACUGAAUCUGGCUAAGGAUGCAAAGAGACAGCACAAAAAACCUAAGGGCACUAAAGGCUCCAUUCCAGGAACUGAGCAGGAACUAACCUACGCAGAAUUAAAUCUUCAAAAUGCUUCUCAGGAUCUUCAAGAGAGUGACAAGAAUGGCCACUGCAGAGCAUUCCUGUCACCUCCAGAGAAGCUCGCUGCUGGGAUCCUAGGGGUCAUCUGCCUUGUCCUGAUGACCACUGUGGUAACAACAGCUGUUAAUCAACCAUACCAUUGUGGUCGAUGUCCACCAGAGUGGGUCACAUAUUCCAACAACUGCUAUUACAUCAGCACUGAAGGAAAAACAUGGAAUGAGAGUCUGAUGGCCUGUGCUUCUAAGAGCUCUAACCUGCUCUAUAUAGAUAAUGAAGAAGAAAUGAAUUUUUUGAAGAUUUUCAAAAUACAUCCAUGGACUGGACUGUCCCAGAGAAAUAAUACUAAUUCUUGGGUGUGGACAAUUGGCACAACUCUCUCUUCCGAACUAUUUGCAAAAACUUCAAAGUUGGACAAGAAUUGUGUAUAUUGGAAUUUUCAAACACACAACUUCUAUUCUGAGUCCUGUGUAGAAAACAGAAUAUAUAUUUGUAAGCAUGUCACAUUAGCUCACCUAAAUUUGGUAUAAUGUUACUCUCACCAUCCCUAAGAAGCACAUUUCUAUUU